AUGGCGGCGCAAGGCAACGACAGCGCCGAGGCGGAGGCGGUGGAGGCCGAGGCGGAGGCGGUAGAGGCCGAGGCGGUAGAGGCCGAGGCGGUAGAGGCCGAGGCCCAGGCCCGGGGCAGCGGGGAGCCGCUGACUGUAGCAGUAAACCGGCACCACUGGCCGUGGGGCGACGGGGCGGAGCAAGACUGGCGUGUUUCCGGCCAGCUCAGCAGGCUCCUGCCGCAUUUGCUGGAAGCGCAGUCACUCCUCGGGCAGCCGCUGUACCUGCCCCGCGGGGCCUUCGCCAGCGCCGCGCCGAGCGACGCCAACAGCCGGCAGUCGCCGCCGGGCUCCGACGGGGACGACACAGACAGCUGCGAGGACUGCGAGGAGCCGCGCUCCGCCGCCAUGCUGCACGUCUUCCGCUCCAUCCCCACGCAGAUGGAUUACAAGGGCCAAAAAUUAGCAGAACAGAUUUUUCAAGGAAUCAUUCUUGUCUCUGCGAUAAUUGGUUUCAUCUAUGGAUACAUCACCGAACAAUUUGGGUGGACUGUCUACAUAGUUAUGGCUGGGUUUCUUUUAUCAUGUUUGCUAACCCUCCCCCCGUGGCCUAUGUACCGCCGCAACCCUCUCCAGUGGCUCCCUGUCCAAGAGUCGGGAGCAGAAGACAAGAAGUCAGCAGACAGAAAGCCAAAGAGACAUGCUAAAAGCUAAAAACAAUGUGGUUCUUCCUGCUGUUACUUCAUUGAAUUUUGUUAAAUGCAUUUCCACUGGGAGAUA